UCGCCAAUGGUCGUCAAAGCACUUUUUCUCCUAAUUACUCUGAAUCCAUUGUCAGCUGAACGUCAAGUGAUUCCGAUGGAAAAGCCUCCUGAUCUCCUUCCCAGUAAACCCCUCCUUAUCCCGCAAUCCAACCUCGGCCAAGUACUACCCGAUUGGCCACCCUCAACCACUCCUUUCGCAGCCUUCAACCCCUUCCCAGUCCCACCGGAAAACCUCACGCCCCUGCCUUUCACGCCAUUCAGUCCGUACUCAAAUCACGUUCAAAACUAUGCACUUCCACCUGGCGCGGGAAAUGCAGCAAUUGCUGCCGCACCAGCGCCACUGCUGAUUCCUUCGUCGUUGGUAUUGCCAGCUCCGACCUGGCCCCCUCCGAUCACAUUGCCUCCAGUCUAUGAAACCAUUAGAGGGACCACACUGAAGCCGAUUAACAUCGAUCCAGAGGCUAUUAUGGGCGUGCCAGAAAUCAUCCAACACUGGGGAUAUCCGGUUGAAGAGCAUCAAGUGAUAACUGCAGAUGGCUACAUUCUUACUCUACAUCGUAUACCGCAUGGAAGAAGUGAGUCUACAAACCAAAAUGUUUCAGAAAAUGCAAAUUCUACUUCUGUUCGGCCGGUGAUAUUUCUCCAGCAUGGUCUGUUAUGCACUAGCUCAAUCUGGCUACUCAAUCUGCCACAUCAGUCAGCUGGUAAGUGCGACUUUAGACAUUUUACUUAUUUCUCAUUGCUAUCGUAA